UGUUGAAGAACGGAGGCGUUUUAAGGUAACACAAUCCAGCUACAGUCAAGCUACAAUGCUAGUCUAGCUACACAAAGUGACAGUGUAACGAUUUUGCUGCAGUAUUUAUUGCUCUCUUCAUUUCAACUCAAAACUGGCUGUUUGUCAGGUUCGUGAUGGACGGCAGUCAAGGCGCGGAACGGUCCCACCUAGUUUCAGAGGACGGGAAAAACAGCAAGACGGUCCUGUGUCAACGCUGCGGGUCCAAGGUGCUGUGUCCCGGCAUGGCUGUGUUUGCAGAGAAGGAGCUGUUCCUGCCAUCUAUGCGGAAAAAGAACAGCCUCAGCAGCACAGAGGGCUCAGUGGACGGCGACACCCUGACAGCCCACUGGUUAGUGGACGACAUGUUCAUCUUCGAAAAUGUGGGCUUCACCAACGAUGUGGGAAGGAUCAAGUACCUUAUUUGUGCAGAUUGUGAGAUCGGACCAAUCGGUUGGCACUGUUUGGAUGACAAGACCAGUUAUUACAUUGCCUUGGAGAGGGUGACUCAUGAAUAGUGUGCCCACAAGAACUUUUAAAAACAAUGUGUUGGCAGCCUAUGCAUUGAUUUAAUCGAUUUACUACCAGAGUUGACCUCAAUUCCAUCCGUCACAUACACACACUUUUACAUAUACUGUUAUGUGUACUUUGUUUAUUGACAGGAUCGUGUUACUUUAUUCCUAUCAAGAAUACAAAUAUCCUGUUCAAAUAAAAAAAUGAAAAUUGUC